AGAGCGGAAGUUCCGUUAGCUUUUCUCCUGUGUGAUAGAGAAGGAAGACGGUCGUAUUGUUGUCGUCUCUCAGCUGAAUCUUUGAGCCGUUUGAGCAACCAUGUCUUCAAUUCAGUAUCUGAGAGAGUUUAUCAACGAGCGACUAACUGCUGCUGCUGAAGAAAUCUUCUCAGAGUUUGAAAAAACGAUCGUCCAGUACGAGGAAGUGAUCGACCGUCAGCGCAGACUGCUGGAUAUCACCUGGAAACCCGAGAUAAAGCUGCACACAGCAGGCCUCCAGCAGCAGCAUGUCUAUAAGGAGGAGGAAUUUCUCAUUAACCAGCAGCUCUGUAAUGAGGAGAACCGCGGGGAACCAGAGCCUCUCCAGAUCAAACAUGAACAGGAGGAUUUCUACAGCAGUCAGGAGGGACAGCAGCUUGCACUGAAGGAGGACAUUGAUACCUUUAUGGUGACUGCUGCUUAUGAGGAAAGAGCCCACGGUGAACCAGGACCAGACAGGGAGCAGCUCCUCUCUCACAGCUUCCUGAUAGCUGAGGGUCAAGAUCAGGGAGGAAGUAACUAUGUAGAUUUAGGAUCAGCACAUAGUGCAAACAGAAGUCACAGUACCGAUGCAGAAGACUCUCCCACGUCAGAGGGUCAGUGUAACACUGGUAAAAAGUCGGUAACAUGCAAUGUUUGUGGAAAAUUGUUUAAGAAUAAAUACAAAAUACACGAACAUCACAGAAUCCACACAGGCGAGAAGCCCUAUCUUUGUGAAACGUGUGGGAAAAGUUUUACUCAAGGCGGUAGUCUGUUGGUUCACAUGAGGACCCACUCGGGUGAGAAACCGUAUACCUGUAACACCUGUGGUGAAAGAUUUUGUUACUUAUUAGCACUUAAAAAGCACAAGGCGGUGCACACAGGUGAAAAUCCAUUUUUUUGCACAACGUGCGGGAAAACGUUCACUCAAAGGGGCAGUUUGUUGGUCCACAUGAGAAUCCACUCAGGAGAGAAGCCGUAUUCUUGCAAAACAUGUGGGAAAAGUUUCACUAAAAAAUGUACUUUAUUGGUGCACGUGAGAAUUCACACCGGUGAGAAGCCGUACACUUGCAAAGUAUGUGGGAAAAGUUUUACCCAAAGAGGUGGUUUGGUAGUCCACAUGAAAACUCACGCAGGGAAAAAGUUUUAGUUCUGAAUAUUUAGCAGGGAACGGUGUAUUUAUGAAGCCGAGCUUGACAAAAGUAUCGAACUCGUUAACAGUAAAGCUUUCACAAUCAGAGCUGGCUUUACACACUUCCUGCUGCUCAAUAAAAGGUCUUUAAAAGUCUGAAAUUAAGGUCAUGACUGAUCUCAAAAGCUCAUAUAUGUUCCAUAAAUGUGAUGAAAUAAUGAAAUCUGGUAAACAAAAAAACAUCGCAAUUUAAAUGUCAGUUUUUCUGCGUGUUCUCGGCUCUCACCGGUGAUGAUGCAGAUUUAUGUAUAUUAAGAUGUAGUGAUGUGAACCGGCGCUAACCUAAUAGCUUACUUGUAGUCUUCUGAUAUUCUGCUAUUCAACAGCAGCCUGUAGACGAUAGCACUUAGUAUGAACACUGUAGAUGCUCACGUCUGUUUCAGAAAUGGGAAAAUAGGAGGCGGGAAGUAGAGUCCCAUAUCCAUACUGGCACUUAACAUGUCUUUAGUUCAGAUGACGAAUGAUCUCAUUCUGUGAACAUAUGAAGGUAAAACAGUAUUAGGAACUAACAUUUGUCUGAUUUUUAACUUUACAGUUAUUUAUGUUUUUUAUAUAUAUGUGUGUAAAAGCAGAAACAGUAGGUGAAGAAAAAGUGUAAGAUUUCGACUAAUGUGUUUCCCACUUUAACACACACUCACUCCUCUUCAUGAUGAAAACAAAGAUUGCGUCUGCAGCAGAGUUAAUCCUCAUUUCUGCAGCCGUGAUCGAACAAACAUGUAAAUCUAAAAUUGAAAAUGAAUCUUUCUCAGCAGCAGAUCUCAAACAAACAGUAAAAUAAAUAUGAAACGACUGUUGGCCAUUAAAAAGCAUUUGGCUAGUGUAGGUGACUAAGAUGCAGCUGAGUUAAAACUAUUGUUUUUGCAGUGAGGAGAACAGCCGCGGUGCUGUGAGUAUCAACAUAUGACUAACAAAAGGAUCAAAACUGUUUGUUGUGGAGAUUUUUGCACUGGCGAGUCGAUUUAGGACCGCACGAUUCUGGCAAAAAUAAUUCUCCUGAUUUUUUUGAUCAAUAUUGUGAUCAUGAUUAAUUGUUGUGAUUAUUCAUGUAUUUUAGUGACAAAAGGCAUUUACUGCAUGUAAACAUAACACUGCUUUUACAUCCAUAAUGCAACAUUCCUAAUAUUAUUCACCCACAUUCCAAAAAAAAAAUAUAUAUAUAUUAACAAACUAAUUUAAAACACUUUUCCAGACCGAUAUGGUGCAAGCCUGAUGUAAGCGCAUCCACUUAAAACUAAAUAUAAAGUCUUUCCCUGCAUUCACUGUACCUGCAUGAUGGAUGUAGAUGAAACUCUCAGUAACGUAUUCGACAGCUCUGACCUCCCUCCAUGUUUCCCUGCGUGCUUUUGCAUGCAGUGCAGGUAUCUCCUUCUUUAUUGUGGACAUGACGAGUCAAUGUCGGAUAAUUCACGUUAGUAACCAUUUCUUUAUUUUUUUUUUAGCCUUUGUGCGUCAGUCGUGCUGCAGUUCGUGGAUUGUUUUCAGGCGAUUAAAGCACUCUUCACACGUGAUUUCGUCUUCAUUACAUCUCUUCCAUUAAAUUCAAAGUAUUUCAAAACAACAGAGUAUGAUGCUGAACGACAAGCUCCUCCCCCUCUGCUGUACAGGACAGCUCAGUUUUGUUAUGUGUCUUUUAACACAGUGUUACUCGUGCAGACUAGUUCAGGAAACCUUCAGAGAACAGCUGUGAUUCAGGAAGUGCUUGAUGUGCUUUUGUGUUCUGUUUGUCGAGCACACAGUUUCAGUUUUGUUCCACGAUCAUCAUUUCAUAGAAGGAAGCCAAAAUCAAAUUCAAGGCUGAAAUCUGAUCAUUUCACUGCCCUACAAGCUACUGAUCAACAUAAUGUGACAAUUUUAUAUGUUAUUACUUUUAUUUUCUCUCAUGUGCAGCAGAGACGCAACUUUAGACGACUCGGUGUCGCUUCUGUGUCACACUGUGGCACUCUCAUGAUGAGCGUUUUUAUUCUCCAGUGAAACAUGAUGAAUCUCACACAAAGUCAUUUUUGUUUGAAUUGUGUUAAGUUUGUUUGUGCAGUGUACCAUUGGAUGUACGGACUGUCACUGAAUUAAGUUGGUGUUUUAUGAUAUAAGAUAUUGUUAAAGCCGACCGUAGAAAGAAGUUCAUUUGUUCUGUUUUAUUAUGAAAUCUGUGUUUUCCAGCUCUCACAGACUCUGGAAGAAAAAUGUGUGUAAUAUGAACCGAAGUGUUUCCUGUUGUUUCUGUGAGUUUGCUGCAGUUUUCUGUCACAACAAUGUAAAUAAAAAAGGUACGAGUGGAGACGUUGCUCGGCAACUCUUAGUUUUUAAAGCAGCUUCUUUCCCUCCAGACUUAGACUGCCUUUGUUUUCCUUUUACUGCCAUCAGUUAAGUUUGUGUGUGUAUUUGAACUUGGUUGGAAAAUUGGAUGUAUGAAAUGUUUCCAUUGUAUUCUGUCAUAUUCUGAUCUUUGUGUGAUUUUUCCCUUGUUUUUACUCUACCUCGGAUAUUUGGAUUGUGACCUGAGAUAUUGAAGCUGAGAAAUCCUGUAGUGCUCACUGACAACACGAGUCUUUUAUUUGUGGAAAGCAUGUAUCACUUUUUGUUCUUCUGUUUUGUGUUCAACUAAUUUCGAUUGUUCAGGAUUUAGAAGUGAAACUAGGAAGUUGUAGAUUUUCACCCUGCUCUUAUAAAAAGCUCUUUCUAAA